UUUCAAGUAGAAACUAUUCCCCGCUCACAGAGUUGAAAUCCUCUGAUUGAACUAUCAACACGCUCACCAGAACAGCCAUAGAAGCUUCAGGCUGAUCGAUCCGGCUCACUCGAAGUUGCUAGCGCCGGAGAGCAGGGCGAUUCAAUCUGAACUCCGGUGUAGAGGCGUCUCGAUGACAAGAUUGGUACAACUCUGCCUUAGACAAGCGCAGGAUGGCUCACUGCAAACAUAUGCCAAACCAAAACCACCCCAACCUGUACCAUGCCCUGACCCUGAUGCUGCACCACCUUCUUCACCUUCCACGGUAAAAGAUGCCAUACCACUUGGGCAGAGCUACAUCAUGAAACUUCCUGAAGAACUUCUUCGAAUGUGCUUCCAACUUGCCACCCAAGCCGAAAUCGACGACGAGCGCGAGAACCCUUGUCCGCGGUGUAAACUUUACCUCAAGACACAGAUGCCGCGCAAGCUCAACCGUGUAUGCAGGCGAUUCGCCCCCAUAGCUCGCCCCAUCCUCUACAGCGACAUCAAAUUUUCUGAGAGGCACUCAUGGCCAUGUCAGCAUAAAAACAUUCGACACGUGGAGCUGUUUUGGUGGACUGUCUCUGCAAGGCCAGACAUGGUUGGACUACUGCGUCGUCUCCGUAUAGGCGGGGACGUUUUUGCUCGGAUGAUCGAAUUCGGACCUGAAGUUCUAUCCCGGUUUGGGACUCUCAGAGAUCUAACAGUCGACAAGUGGGGCGGCCAUCGGCAUGAUAUGCCCGAAGAAUGGGACUUACUCGUCGGGGCGCUCCCUUGGCUAUCGGGCUUGACCGCCUUGUCCCUUCGCGAUUUGGAUGAUGAACACGCAAGAUUCUCCCGCGUGGUCCCGCUGCUGGCGCAACUCCCUCAUCUGUCGAAGCUUGCUCUGUCGGGAAUGGCGUGUUCUCAGCCUCCCCGCCAGGAGCUGAGCAACUGGCCAAUCUUGGACCACGCAGAGACUAUCCAGCAAAGACUCGAUGAUGAAAUCGCCACACUUCCUCCGACGGGCCGUGAGUUCACUCUAGAUAUUCGAGAGCUCCAUUUAGAGCGAUGCUCCUUGAUGAGCCCGACUUCAUUCAAAACCUUCCUUCACUGGCCACGCCGGCUGCAACGAUUUACUAUGGACUCCCUUGUGUGCGGCGGUUACGAUCUUGAUUCUCUCGUCGAGAUGGGGAUGAUCUCCUACAAGUGGACAUGGACUCUGCUCCACGACGCGCUCCUUCUACAUGCAGAGCAUCUGAAGGAACUCCGCGUGGGACAGAUGGGCCCACAGGUCGGCCUCGAUGCCUUCAGCCUGCAGGAAUUUCCGUCCCUCCAGAUCUUCCAAACGUACUGGUCCCAUCGCACGCUCACGCUCUCUAGAGCAGCGGAGCUUUGGCUCACACCGGCUCUCACAACAUUGGUGUUUGACUGUGGAUGGGAGGACAGCCAAUGUGGAAAAUGCCAUUCUUUCAGUCCAGAGGAUUCCAAGUGGCUGGUUGAAUUGGCAGAGACUGUGAAACAGCGUCGGAGCGCUGGUCAGCUCAUCGCCCUGGAAAGGAUUCAGCUCUUGUAUGAAAAGGAUACGGACAAUUAUGGAUCGGACUUGGACGAGAUGGAGCCGAGAAAACCGGGGAACGCAUUUACACGUAUGCUCGAAGCCAAAGAGAAGCUGGACAGGCUUGGUGUUCGACUUGUGCUGCCCGAGAUUUUAUACCUCUCCCCUAUGUCGUGACGAUCCCAUACUACCAACCGUCAUCAAAGAGAGGGUGAAAUGAUCAUAUGGAGAUAAGAAACGCGUUCGGAAACGGCACUCACAGGCUAGUCGCCCAUCUAUGAAAGUGG